AUGGCAAAAGUUAAUAGCCAUCAGAGGGCAGGAUUCCUUGUGGUGUACAACAUCUUAGACUCGGACGUCGCCGCUGCGGCAGCCUCGCUGAACGAGCCCAUGGCGACCAGCGCCGCCGCGCCCGCGCUCUUCGCCACCGGCGGCCCCCUCCGCCGCGCCCCCACCGGCUGGUCGCGCGCCGUGCGCGCCGCCGCGCGCGAUGCAGUGCGCGGCCGAGCGCUCUCGCCCGACAGCCCCGCCGCGCGCGCGGGCGCGAGGCUCGCGCGGGACUUUUCUGACGUCCCAGCAUCCGUUGUUUCGAUUGACAGCGUGGCAGCGUUGGACGCCCUGAGGGCGGACCCCAACGUUGCUUCUGUCGAGCCAGAUCGAGUCUUCACCAUCCAGUGGGAGUUCUCUAACGGCAGAAUUGGCGGCGGCCACGGAAGCGACCCAAGUGACCCGGAACGGCGGCUGCUGUACAUGAGGGACAGCCUCUCGCUGAUUGCGCAGCCUCAGGCGGCCGCAAACGGGUACAUCGGCACCGGUUGCUCUGUGGCGGUGUUGGACACGGGUGCAGCCUACGACCACCCUGACCUUGGGUCCUGCUCUGGCCCUGGGGCGCCCUCCACUACGUGCCGAGUGCCAUUCGCCAGGGACUUCACGCCCAACGACGACGGGCAGGCGGACGACACCGGCCACGGCACCAAUGUGGCCAGCAUUAUUGCCAAGGUCGCUCCUGGCGUCAAAAUCUUGGCUCUUGACGUGUUCCGGCUGUCUUAUGCAUUCGAGAGCGACCUGCUGGCGGCCGUAGACUGGGUGCUGCAGAACAAGGACGCCUACAACAUCUGCGUCAUCAACCUCAGCCUCGGCAGCGGGAAGCCGACUGGAGCCCAGUGCCCGAGCUCUGCAAUGUCGAGGGCUCUCGCGGCCCUCCGCUCCGCCGGCGUCCUUGCAGCCGUCGCCGCCGGCAACGACGGCGCAGCAACGGGCGUCACCUACCCUGCGUGCGCUCCUGCUGCUGUAUCUGUGGGGGCGGUUUAUGACUAUCCGGUGCCCUCCAAGUCCUGGGGCGUUUGCAACGACACCAACAUCGGACAGGACUCCAUUGCCUGCUUCUCAAACAGCGCACCAUUCCUGUCAGUGCUCGCCCCCGGCGUGCUCGUCGACGCGGGCGGCUGGGUCUCCUCGGGCACCAGCCAGGCCGCUCCUCAUGUCGCAGCCGCGAUUGCGGUGCUGAAAUCAGCCGUGCCCGUCGCCACCGCCGAUGAGAUCGUGGCGGCCCUCACGUCCAGCGGCCGGCCUGUCUUGGACCCGCGCAACGGCGUCACUCGGCCCCGCAUCAACCUGCUCGCCGCCGUCGAGGCGCUGCUCAACGCCACCGCAGACGAUGUGCCGCCGACGGCGAUGGUGGCGCUGACCAGCGGCUCCGUGUGGACGCGGCUGCGGGACGUGUCGCUGCGGAUAGCCGCGAGCGACGCGUCAGGCGUCGCCCGGAUGUGCCUGUCUGAGGGCGGCACCGGCGGCGCGUCGGCGUGUGGGGGCAGCUGGCUGCCCUUCCAGUCGCCGACCGUUUUCCGGCUGUCGGACGGCGACGGCCUGAAGACCAUCAACGUCUGGCUAACCGACACUCGAAAUAACAUCAUGCCUGCGCCCGCGGCGGUCAACGUGACGCUUGACACCGUGGCGCCGGCGGGCCCAUGGAUUGCAAUCAAUGGCGGCGCCAUGUGGACGGGCAGCCGGGCGGUCACGCUGACGAUCGGCGGCAGCGACGCCAACGGAUUUCGGUCGUGUGUCACCCGGGCGCCGAACGGCUGCGACCAGCUUGUCUUGUUCAGGUCAAACCCGCCGUCGUUCCCCUAUUCCUUCCCGCCCUCUGCGGCCGACGGGAACCAGACGCUCUAUCUGUUCGUGCGCGACCCCGCCGGCAACUCGAACCCGCAGCCCGCGGUCGCCUCGAUCCGGCUGGACACGCAGCCGCCAACGCUGACCGCGAAAAUCAUGGGCAACGGCAGCCCGGUGGCCACGUCGCCGCGGGUGACGCUCGCGCUGGCCGCGGACGACGGCGCCGGCGGAAGCGGGGCGGUGCAGGUCCAGGUCUGCGACACGCCCGAGCCCUGCGGCGGGUGGGUCGCCCUGCAGCCUGCGAUGGCGCGUGACUUGCCGCCAGGGGAGGGGCGCCGCACCGUGUACGUGCGCGCGCGGGACGCGGCGGGCAACGAGAUGCGGGCGCCGGUGGAGGCGUCCAUUGUCAUCGACACAUUGCCGCCCGCAAAUGUCAGAGCAUUCAUCGCGGCAAUGUCUCCUGGAACUUCCUCGGGCCUUGUUACGCGCGGCGUCAAGCUGGCAAUCACUGCCUCGGACUUUUCCGGUGUCAAGGAGUACUGUUUGCUCAAUGCGGCAUCCGGGCCAGACGGCGCCCUGGCGCCGCCGCCAGCUGGGGGCGGCGCGGCGGCGUGCUCGCCAUGGCUGCCGUUUGGUGGCGGGACAGUUGAUUGGACGCUUGCCAACGGCCCAGACGGGCCGAGAGCGGUGUAUGUGUGGCUGCGAGACAGUGUUGGGAACACCAUGGACGCGCCUGCCACAGCCAGUGUCAGCCUGGCAGCCGGGGGGCCGUUCUCGGGCCGCAUCGUGGUCAACGGCGGCAAGGCCGGCGCAGCCACCCGCACAGUCAACGUCACUUUAGCGACCACCGGCAGCGGCGCCGGCGCGGUCGCCGACAUGUGCGUCACGGAGGACGCCGCCGCGACCGCCGUCACGUGCUCGCCGUGGGUCCCAUUUGCCCCCGCAUUGACGCUGCAGCUGUCGGCGGGCCGCGGGCCCAAGGUGCUGCAUGCAUUCUUCCGAGACACAGCGAUGCGCACCACACCUGAAGCGGCGACGGCAACGAUUGUCUACGACACCGCGCCGCCGCAGAUGGCGCCGCGGGCUGUUGGGCUGUCGGGUAGCGUGGUCGCUCAGACGAUCAGCUUGACUUGGAAUCCGAGCGGCGUGGACGACGGGCCUGAAGGCUCGGGGGUCGCGUCAUACCUCCUGACAUAUCGCAAGGGCAGCUUCCCACCCCCAAAGUGCAGCACCUUCGGAAACGCAGCAGCGGCGGUGCCGCUGCCCGCGCGGCUGGCGACGUCUGCGGUGGUGUCAGGUCUCGAGCCAUACAUGGGCUACCGCUUCAGGCUGUGCGCUGUGGAUGCGGCCGGCAAUACUGCGAAUGGCGUCGUUUGGGGGGCGAGGACACAACGCGCGUGA